AACAUAAUUUGUAGGUAGGUACAUUAAAAUAUAUUUGUUUAUAAUUUUAGAAUUGUUGGAUUACCAGGACUUUAUGGGAUGGAAAAUAAGACGCGCAUUAGGAAUGAGAUAUCCUAACAUUAAUAGAAACCAAGAUUAUAGAAGCUUAGAUUUGAGAGCCCUUGCACAAGAUAGAAGAAAUCUUACUGGACCAGCUUUAAAAAAUAUAAUCAAUCGUGUAUUAGAUGAACCUGUUCAGGAUAUUCCGGAUGAUGAUGACUUACCAAUGAUGUGCUAUUUAAUUGGAUUAUACAUGAGUACAAAAUUUCCAACGUCAUAUACAAGAAAAAUUCAGAUUGACGCAAUUAGUCAUACGUGUACCCUAUCGAACGCAUAUUCAGACAAAAUAUACACAAAAAAUGGUGGCAGUUGGAGACAAAUUAACGAAAAUGGUACAGUAACACAAUUACUUAAGGACCAGUUAGUAUAAUUAGA